GUCAAAUAUUGUUUAUCUUGUUGUCUUGGCACUUCAAACUUAGAUUUUAUAAAUGUCAUUGCGCUAUAAUUCAAUCAUUGAUCUGCAUAUUAAUUUGUAAGCCAGGCGAACAUCAUUGAACCUUUUCAGUUCAAUGCAAUUUCAAUUAAAAGUUUGGGAUUAGAUAAGCAUUUAUGUGAUUUCAAUCACUCAACAGAGAGGAUACAAAUUCAUCUAUCUACUUUUGGACGAUAAUAAUUUCUUUUCAGUCACAAUUAUUCUUCAAGAGGAUUGAUAAUUGUUAUUGUUUUAGCUUUAAAAAAAAAUGUAUUUCACAAAUCAUUUCAGAAACAUUCCAUUGCGCUUAGCUUCUUCUAAAUUUUACAAUCCUAUCAGGAAGAGUGCUUGCAAAGUUAGUACAGUUCAAUCUCAAGGUUUUGUCAUGGAAAAAUUGACAGGAGAUCGGGAAGGUAUUGUAACAUUAGGCUUCAAUCGUCCAGAAACAAAAAACGCAUUAAGCAAGUCAAUGUUAGAUUCCUUUAGUGAAGCUGUUGAGUCAAUAAAAUACGAUAAAAGUGCAAGGGUGGUUAUACUUCAUAGUUUAGUGAAAAAUAUAUUUUGUGCUGGAGCUGAUUUAAAGGAAAGAGCGGUAAUGCCCGAAUCUGAAGUAGGACGUUUUGUUGGCAAAAUUUGCCAAUUAAUUACGAACUUUUAUGACCUUCCUUUGCCAACGAUUGCUGCUAUUGAUGGCCCAGCUCUUGGUGGUGGUUUAGAAAUAUCAUUGGCAUGUGACAUAAGAAUCGCGUCUUCGACUGCCAAAGUGGGUUUGGUAGAAACAAAGCUGGGUAUCAUUCCUGGAGGUGGAGGAACUCAGCGUUUGCCUCGCAUUGUCGGACCUGCUGUUGCGAAAGAACUUAUCUUUACUGGUCGAAUCAUUGAUGGAUCCACCGCUUUGGAAAUAGGAUUGGUGAACCAUGCAGUUGAGCAAAAUUCUGAUGGGAAUGCAGCAUUUCUCAAAGCACUAGAGCUUUCAGAAGAAAUAAGUAAACAGGGACCUAUUGCUGUGAGACUGGCUAAGUUAGCAAUCAAUAAAGGCUUGGAAGUUGAUCUCCAUACUGGCUUAGCAUUGGAAGAAGCCAACUAUGCUCAAACUAUAGGAACAAAAGAUCGUAUUGAAGGUCUUGUUGCUUUUAAAGAAAAAAGACCUCCAAAAUUUACAGCGGAAUAAAAACUUUAACUAGAAUUUAAAAAGAAACUUAUAUUUUGUUUAUUUUGCUUAAAGAUUUGAAUUUUUUUUAAAACUUUAUUAUUGUUUAGAAUAAAAUUAUUUUCUUAAAUAUCAAAAGUCU